CGGAGGUAGGCUGCGCGGGGGCCCGAGACGGGCAGCGGGCGAUGGCGGCAGCAGCGGCGGCGGGGCGGCUGGGCUGGCUGCUGGCCGCGCUCUGUCUGGGUCACGCCGCGGGGGAGGUGGCGCAGGGUCCACGGGUGCUGGGCGUUUGCCUGGAGCAGGCCGGGUCCGCGGGAGCGGCGUGGGCGCGCGGAGGGGAGGUGCCGGCCGUGCCUGAGGCCACCUUCCGCUUGCGCCUCUUUGGCUGGGGCUUCGGGAACAGCUCCUGGUCCUGGGCGGCCCCCGAGGGUGCGGGCUGCCCCGAGGGCGGGCCGGUCGGGCCGGCAGCCGCGUCAGGGGGGGAGGCGGCGGCGGCGGCCCCGACAGGCGAGUGGCGCGCGCUGCUACGUCUGCGAGCCGAGGCCGAGCACCCACACUCGACGCUGCUGGCGGUGCGCGGGGAGCCGGGCGGCGGGGCGGCGGCAGCGGCCCCCGCGGGCGAGUGGCGUGCGCUGCUGCGCCUGCGCGCGGAGGCCGUGCGCGCGGAGCCCAGCGUCGCGGCAGCGGCGUUCCCGGAGGCGGUGCCGCCCUGGGCGCUCGGCCUGGGCGCCGCAGGGCUGCUGGCGCUGGCGGCGCUGGCGCGCGGCCUGCAGCUGAGCGCGCUGGCGCUGACGCCGGCCGAGGUGCAGGUGCUGCGCGAGAACGGGACGGAGGCGGAGCGCGCGGCGGCGCGGCGCCUGGAGUCGGCGCGGCGCUGGGCCAGCUACGCCCUGGGCGCGCUGCUACUGCUGGCCUGCCUGGCGCAGGCGGCGCUGGCCGUGCUGCUGUACCGCGCGGCCGGCCAGCGCGCCGUGCCCGCCGUGCUGGGCAGCGCCGGGCUCGCGUUCCUGGUGGCCGAGGUGCUGCCGGCCGCCGUGAGCGGGCGCUGGACGCUGGCGCUGGCCCCGCGCGCGCUGGCGCUCAGCCGCCUGGCCGUGCUGCUCACGCUGCCCGUGGCCCUGCCGGUGGGUCAGCUGCUGGAGCUGGCGGCGCGCCCCGGGCGGCUGCGCGAGCGCGUGCUGGAGCUGGCCCGGGGCGGCGGCGAUCUCUACAGCGACCUCAGCAAGGGCGUGCUGCGCUACCGGACCGUGGAGGACGUGCUCACGCCGCUGGAGGACUGCUUCAUGCUGGAAGCCAGCGCCGUGCUGGACUUCGGCGUCCUGGCCAGCAUCAUGCAGAGCGGCCACACGCGCAUCCCUGUGUACGAGGAGGAGCGCUCCAACAUCGUGGACAUGCUCUACCUCAAGGACUUGGCCUUCGUGGACCCCGAGGACUGCACGCCGCUCAGCACCAUCACCCGCUUCUACAACCACCCGCUCCACUUUGUCUUCAACGACACCAAGCUGGACGCCGUUUUGGAAGAGUUCAAGCGAGGGAAGUCCCACCUGGCCAUCGUGCAGAAGGUGAACAACGAGGGGGAAGGUGACCCCUUCUACGAGGUCCUGGGCCUGGUCACCCUGGAGGACGUCAUUCAGGAGAUCAUCAAGUCCGAGAUCCUGGACGAGUCCGAGGACUACCGAGACACCACGGUGAGGAAGAAGCCUGCUGCUCUCAGUGUCCCUCUCAGUGUCCCUCUCAGGCGGAAAGAGGAAUCCUCCUUGUUCAAGGUGUCUGACAAUGAGUGUAAAGUGAAAAUCUCGCCUCAGCUGCUCUUGGCCACCCAGCGCUUCCUUUCCCGAGAGGUGGAUGUGUUCAGCCCGUUGCGAAUCUCCGAGAAGGUCCUGUUGCACCUGCUGAGGCACCCCAGCGUCAACCAGGAGGUGAGGUUUGACCAGAGCAACCGCCUGGCUGCACACCAUUACCUGUACCAGCGCAGCCAGCCGGUGGAUUACUUCAUCCUCAUCCUGCAGGGCAGGGUUGAGGUGGAGAUCGGGAAGGAGGGCCUGAGGUUCGAGAACGGGGCGUUCACCUACUAUGGCUUGUCUGCCCUGACAGCCCCGUCUUCAGUUCACCAGUCCCCGGUGUCCUCGCUCCAGGCCCUCUGCCAGGACCCACAGCCUGAGCCAGCCGACGGCACCCGCCCGUCCACGUACUGUCCUGACUACACCGUGAGGGCCCUCUCUGACCUGCAGUUCAUCAAGGUCACGCGGCUCCAGUACCUCAAUGCGCUCCUGGCCAGCCGAGCCCAGCGCCUGCCCCCGUGCCCCGAGAGUGCGGGCCUCCAGGUCACCCCGGGCAGCCGGACCCGGCUCCUCGGUGACAGCACAGCCGCGGCAGCAGGGUCCAGCCACGGCGGCCCGGCCUCGCAGCCGGGGAGAGCCCCGGCCGGAGCCCCGGAGUAUAACUGCUUGCAGGCAGCCGGGUCUGGGGAGUAGGCCAGCCCGUCCUCCCCUCAGCCACGUUUUAGAUGGCCCUUCAGACGCCGUCCGGAGCCUCGGAGGGCCUGCCUCCUCCAGGAAAUAGGGGUCAGCGGGCACAGCCCUCCAGGUCUGCUUCCUGGGAUGGAAGGACACCGCCAUCGCCCUGCAGGGGGCCAGCCUGCCCCCUGUGACGGUGCAUGGCCUGCCCCUCUUGGGCCAUGCCAUGACGUGAGUGCACUGUACUCGCUCUGCUUCUCUGCCAACUGCUGCUGCUGGCAGCACUUUCUGAGCACACCACGGCACCAGUUAUGGCUGGGGGUUCAAAUCCAUGGCCUUGUGAUGGCCAACGUGGAGGCCUCCCUGACAGUGCCGUGUCUCAGCACGCCCCAGCCUGCGCUUUAUGCCAAACCUGGAUUCAGUUCCUCACAAGCCUGUGGCACCAGUCCUGCCCCUCCUGUGGAGGCGGCUGGCUGGCCCGGCAGAGCCCUGAGCAAGUUGCAGACCCUGGGACAGGACGGCCUGUGCUUCCCGCCACACAUCUGCCUGGGGGACGGGCGAGCCCGGCCACGGAGCAGUUUCCUGCCAGCCCGUCCUCCCGCUCAGGCCACGUUCUGUGUUAACGAGAGGUCCUGUGAGAGGAGGGCUCUGUGCACCCAGUCCUUUCUGCAUGGUCAGAUCCCUGGAACAGGAACCAGAACUAGACCAAUGUCACGCCUCCUUGCUCAGCUUCCCGGUCGUGUGGCUGUGAGUGCCUGGCGAGCAGUGAGGGAGUGGGAGUCGAAUGGGGGGCAGGUGCAUCACGGCCACCUUUCCUUUAGAAAAACAAGAGAUUUCUGUCUCUGAAGCAUUUCAAGCUUUUGCCUGUUUCCUAUCCCUGGCUAUGGGGUUUUAGGAGAAUCGGGAGCAAUAAGAUUCUGUUUUUGUUUUUUGUCUUUUUCCUUCCCGUUUCCCUCUGUUAACCGCUCACAGCUCUCCAGCUGCGUAGAAGCGGCAUCAUGGGGACCUGGAUCUCAGAGAGGGCAGGGGGGACGGAGGUUUCUGGAACCUUUCUCAGAGGAAUUUGGGUCCUUAUCUGGGAUCAGCAGGAAUGAAAGCUGUUCUCCAGGAAAUCACUCCAAGAGCAAAACCCCAGGUGGGAACAGCAGGUCCUGAGGAUGUCUCAUUAUUCUGUGUCCAAUGCCGGUGAGACGCCCGGGAGUAGCUCUGGCUUAUGUCAGCUGCAGAGCCUGCUGAGGCAUGGAGGGCUUCGCUGUGCUGUGCGCCCCUCUCCGGACAGUGGCUCUUUCCCGGGUUCAUCACCUGGAAAAUUAGACAUUCUGAGGCCGGGGCCCACCCGGGGGAUGGAAUGGGUCUGACAUCAGGAUUUCAGUCUUGAAAUAACGUUAGAUUCACCGAAGGGCUCCAUGCACCCUUCAUCUUGCUCCCUCAUGUUAACAUCUUACAUCACCUCAGUACCUUUAUCAAAACUAAAAGUUAACACUGGUACAAAAAUAACUAAAUCACACUUUACAAUAUGGGUUCUACCAGUUUUUCUAAUGUCCUUUCUCAGUUGCAGGAUCCAUUCCAGAUAUCAGUUUAGAACUAUGACUUUUUUUUCUACCUAUUUGUUUUGAAUGUACAGAUUCAUAGGAAGUUGCAAAGAUAGAGGUACCCUUCACCCUGCUUUCCUCGAUGGUUACAUCUUAGUUACAAUCAGUAUCAAAUCAGGAAUGGACACGGCAGUAGGAUGGUUAGUUAUAUAUCAUCUCAUGUGUAGCUUUGUGUGACCAUUGCUACAGCCUGGACACAACCGUCUGGUUGCCAUCAGCAUCUCACUCUACCCUUUUAUACCCCACCCCACCUCCAGCCGCCAUCCUAAUCCCUGGCAACCCUUGAUCUGUUUGUCAGCUCGCCAGUUCUGUCAUUUCAAGAAUGUAUAAAUGGGGUUGAGUAACAUGUAACAUCUGGGGUUGGGUUUUCUCCGAUAGGCUCUGGAUAUCUCCCAGUGGUUGUGGUGUCCACAGUGCGCCUCUGUUGGUGGUUGCGUGGUUUUCCAUGUAUGCUCCUUCUAGUUAAGGACGUGGAGGUGGUUUCCAGUUCUUGGCUAUCCCAAAUAAAGCUGCUAUGAACAUUC